UUCUGAUCUUGCUUCCUCUAUGAUAUCUGCGUUGGAUUAUGAGCUUCAACUUCGCCAUCUUGAGAUCCUUUUCAGAUUAUGUCCAAGAGUGCAAAAAGAUCGUGAAAUUUUUGCAAAUAAAGCAUUUAUGGAUCAAACUAUUGUACCAAAAUUUCUUGGUAUUACUGCCAACGAAUUUUUCGAGGAUUCGAGAUAUUUCUUGAAUGAGAUCAAUGCAAAUAAUGAUGGGGUAUCAAAAACACCAAAAACUUUUAAAGUUUCACGCAUGAAGUAUAAUAAAUGUGAAUUAUAUAGUCCUGAGGGUCAACGUUACUUCUUUGUGGAUUUUAAUAAAUGGACAAUAUCUAUGACAAUAUCCACAACAAUACCCACAGAGGAGGAUGAUUCUACUGAUAUUGAUGUAAUAGAUAUCAAAUAUUCAAAAAUAUCAUCAUGGGAUUUUCAAUGCCUAAUCUUGAAAUUAUACCUUUCUGAACCUUUGAAACUUGGUGGUCAAAAUCCUUCCGUUAAUGAACACGUUCUUAAUAUGACAUUUGAUCCUGUUGAAAGCAGGAUAAAAGAAAGCAUUGAAAGAAUAUUUAAUAAUCAAAAAGUUAAAUCAAGAACACAGCAACCAAAGGUGUCUGUUUCCAUAGGAAUUUUACAGCCGCAUUCUUCUUCAUUCAAUGCAGCAACUGCUCUUGAUACUUUAUCGAAAUCUUUAGAAGCUUCUAAAACACCUACAUCUGAACGAAUUGAUAAACAUAUUAACAUACCAAAAGAUACAGAUUUCGACGAAGAUGCUACUCUAGUAAAUGUUGAUAAAUCUCAAAAUAAUUUAUCUACAUUCAGUAAUAUUCUUGCGAAAAGUCGUAGUCAAUUGUCAAAAAAUAUUACACCUCCUCCUUUACCAAUGUCAUCUUCAUCAAAUGAAAAUUCUCCAUGUAACAACACAAAUUCUAUGGAUCAUAAAUCAAUAACGCAAAUACUAGAGAAUAAUUACAAUGUCAAUCAUAGAUAUGCUUUUCCACCACCAAAACAGCGAACAAAACCUUUGAAUUUGUCUGCUUCAAAGCAAAAAAACAAGAUUAAUAAUAAUGUUGAUCUUGUUAUUGAAAAAGACUGCGAAAUUAUUACAAAUAAUUCAAUAUUAAACAAUGAAUGUUCGAGUCCAAGUGCCGCGCGAAGUUGUCAGAACGUUUCAACAUCUGUCAAUGAUGAGAUCAGAAGGUCGACCAUAAAUAGUAUACAAAAGCGAACAGAUCAACCGAAAUACGGUAAAGAAGAUAUAGUAAAAAGACAACCAGAAUUUAGAAAUGAUAAUACAAAGAAAUCAAAUGGUAAAGAUCUUGAGAAAGUGCGAAACCAAUCAAACGUCACAAAAAAUCACGAUGCUGCUUCAGUAAAAAACGACAAACGACUUGGUUUACCACACACAAACGAAAAUUGCAACCGCAACUCUUUAAUUGAUUACAAAGGAAGUGCUACAAGAAAAAAUUUAUUCAAUAAUUUCGCUUACAAAAACAAGAAUGAUUCCGGUGAAAACCCUGAAAUAGGUCACGGAAGGAGUAAACGAAAAACUCUGGAUUUAAAUGAUGACGACCCGGAAGAUCCAGAGCAGUAUCGAAAUGACGAUCAAGUCAAAGGCAAUUCUAAUUAUCGAGUUGUGACAAAAAAAGGAGGAAAAAAAUUAAUUGUG